AUGUCAUCAAUAGAUACAGAUGAACCAUUUAAUCCUAUUGAUGAUGAUCCAAUAUACGAACGUGAAGAUAUUCAAAAGAAAGCAUUUACUAAAUGGAUUAAUAAUCAAUUAGCUAAUUCAAAUUCAACACCACCUGUUACUAAUUUGUUUCAAGAUUUACGUGAUGGUAUUGUUCUACUUCGAUUACUCGAAGUACUCACUGGAAAUGAAUAUAAAAGAGAAAUUGGUAAAAUGCGUGUACAUCAUAUUGGUAAUGUGAAUAAAGUAAUAGCUGUACUUGGAGAAUAUGGAAUAAAACUUCUUAGCAUAUCAUCAAAUGAUAUUGUUGAUGGAAAUCCAAAACUAACACUUGCACUUAUAUGGUCAAUAAUUCAAUAUUGGCAAGGAAAAGAUGUAUUAAAAUCAGUUGUACCAAAUCCACAACAAGCAAAUGUUGAAAAAUUUCUUCUUUCUUGGUGUCAACAAACAACAAAAGGAUAUAAAGGUGUAGCAAUUAAAGAUUUUACAAGUAGUUGGCAAGAUGGUCUUGCUUUUAAUGCUCUUAUUCAUAAAUUUCGUCCUGAUUUAUUUGAUUAUGAAGAUAUAUUACAACAUACAGCAGCUAGAAAUCUCGAACAUGCAUUUAGUAUGGCUAAAACUAUCUUCAAAAUUGAUCGAUAUCUUGAUGUUGAAGGUUCGUAUUAUAUUUUUUUUUGUAUUCACAAAUCAACUAAAUAG